CCAACGCGGUUGAAAUUACACAAUUAUUUAAGAUACCGGGUGUUUUGCACAGGCGUUUUCCUCAGUCAGCUGUGACUUGGAGGUCCUCGGAAUGUAUACAAGGAAGGGUCCCCUCACAAAAAAAAGAUGGAGAGCAGCUACACAAUGGUAACCUGAGAGAAUAAAAUAAAACGAAAAUGAAAAUACCAAAAAGAAAGCUAUUCCUCCUAAUUAUUUUUGCAUACGUGGCAUUUUCCCUCUAUGCUGCAUAUAAUGUCUUCUUCAGCACCAAAGUCAUCUCCCGCGUUCACAGGGUGGUGAAGAAAGAGACGGGGGCACUCUCGGAUGGUGUCAAAGACGGCGGCGCUGCUCCUUUUUUAGCUCGUGACUGGAAUCCGUGGGAGGAUGAACAGGUGGACUACAACUCCGCCCUGACCAAAAAGAGGCAGGCCUUCAAACAGCACCUGAGUCGAAUUGACCAGAACGAACCCAAAAGACACAGGGUUCAAAUCUGGGGUAAAGCUGCCAUAGGGAUUUACCUUUGGGAACAUAUUUUAGAGGGACCUCUCAACCCUUCUGACAAGAUUGCACAAUGGCGAGAGGGGGAACUGCAGUCAGGAAAGAUUGAUUUCAGUUUUUACACUGGUCCUGCUGUGGUCCAGGGGCAUGUCCCUCUGGAUAUGAACAGCCUGGUUCUGGUUCUGAAUGGCCGGGAACAGCAGAAGGUCACUUACUCAACACGGUGGCUGGAACAUGUCCAAGCUCUGGUACAGUCUCGCACAGUGUCACAUGUGGCGGUGGUCCUGCUGGGAAACGAGCACUGCAACAACGGCUUCAUUGCCCCAUACUUAAAGAGAAAUGGUGGAUUUGUGGACUUACUGUUUGUAGUUUACGACAGUCCAUUGGUCAACGACAAGGAUGUCUUCCAGUGGCCCCUUGGUGUUGCCACAUACAGGCAGUUUCCUAUGAUCAGGCCUAAUGCCCAACUGAUUACCUCCAACAGACCAUACCUCUGCAAUUUCCUAGGAACUAUUUACAAAAAUUCCUCCAGAGAAAUUCUUAUGCAGGUGCUAAAACAAUCUGGUCUGGAUAAAGAAUGCAUCACCACUGCCAGGGAGAAAUGGCUCCCCCAGGAGACAGCAGACAGUUUGAAACGCUAUCAGACGGCUCUGGCUCAGAGUGAGCUCACUCUCUGCCCCAUUGGAAUCAACACAGAGUGCUACCGCAUCUACGAGGCCUGCUCCUACGGCUCCGUGCCUGUGGUGGAAGAUGUACUGACACCUGGGACCUGUGCGGCCGGGUCCAGCUCCCCACUGCGUUUGCUCAAAGCUGCAGGAGCGCCCUUCGUUUUUAUCAGUAACUGGAAAGAGCUACCGGCCAUCUUGGAGAGGGAGAGGGGGAUGAGCCAGGAGCAGAGGGUGGACAGGAGGAGGAGGCUGCUGGAGUGGUACGCCAGCUUCCGUCAGCAGAUGAAAGAGAGGUUCACAGAGGUCAUCGAGGAGACUUUCUUCAAAAGCGGCUGACAGCUGUGUUUAUCAAAACGUACAUUUAAAAGGUAUACAGGGGUAUACCGUACAGCCGUUCAAUAUUGGUUUAAUUUAUUUUGUGAUUUGUGGAUAAAUGUGACGUACUACUGAUGUUGUGUGCCUGAUGCUAUUUAGAGUAAUAUCCCUGUGCGGAUUAUUAUAAAACUAUUUGUGUCUGCAGUAAGGUGGCCAAUGCUAUUAUUUAAAGAACCCCAUGACAUUAUUUACAUUGGUAAUGUUCAUUGUCUUAAUGUUUACAAAGGUGGAAUGUCCAGGCGUUUAGAACACUAAAAUAUACUGCCUUUGCAAUUAGAAGAUCUUAUAUUAUUUCAAACCAUGUUUUAUAUCGGUUUGUACACACUUAAUGUUGUGAUUUUUUGGAACAUUUGGAGUAAGAUGAGAUGUGUUUUCAAGCCUCAUUUGAAAAUGGUGCUCGGGGCUUUUAUUUUAUAAUUGACUUGAAAACUGAUGCUGUUGCUUUGGCACGUGACAAUUUUCUGAUAAAGUUUUCAUUAUUGUGGUGCAUGUAUGUUUCAAGACAGGUCAAGACAAUGCAUUGACGUUUUUGUCCUUGGCUGAAAGAAGUUGAUGUGCUUGUAUGCAUUUAUCUCCAUACACGGUAGAUGGCGCUGUGGUUCGGCUAAUUGUUAGUGACUACAAUGAUGUCAGAUGAUGGAAAACGCUUUGUGAAGUUAGGAGUUGCGAACGCGCUGAAGCAUGUUGAUAUCUUUGAUAAACUUAUACUAAAAUGAUGUAUGUACUGUGCAUUUGACUGCUUGUCUUUUUGGAAUUUAAGAUGAAUAACUUCUCAACAAUAAAAUACCUGUGUAUUGUAUUA